GGGCUAGCCCAAGUGUCCCAACUGCAUACCCUGCUUAUCUUCCCAUCUCGGCCGAGAGUCGAAUCAUUUAGCCUUUUCCCUAUAUCAUAUAUAUACACAUGCAAUUCCCAAGUUUCAGAUCGAAAGAAACUGCGUCACUAAUAACAUCCAUUGCCUCCUCGCCGCGUUAAUCCAAGAAUUUGGGUCAAACCCCCCAAACCAACCCAACUGACCCGGUUCGGUUUUCUGGUACAAUUUGGGCGGUUUUGGUUUUAUGUCGGUUUCUUACAUCGGUUUGGGCAGUGAUCUUGGGUCAGUUCCGAUUUUGAAUUUCAGAACCAUAGAAACCGAAUUAACAGACUUAACAUACUUAUUAAAUAUAAUAUAUACUAAACUCAAACCCAAUAUCUCAUAACCGAUUUACACUCCAAACCCAAAUUAAAUCUCAAGGCCGAAUACCCCCUAGCCUCAACCGGCCAGCGGCCUAAACCCAAAAUAAAAAAUUUGGGAAUUAGGAAUGAAAAAAUAAUAAUAAUAAUUCUAAUUCCUAAAUAAAAGUUACUAAUUCUAAAACUAAAAACUAAAAAAAAGGAAAAAAAAAAAAACCUUCCCCUCCCUGCUGCAGGCGUUAUCCCAUUGUCGGUUGCCCAUCCCGACCCCUGUCGCCCAGCUGUUAACCUCUCUGUCGGCCAUUCCCCCCAGCUCCCCCCUACCGUCGGCCUCUCCUGUCCUCCUCACCUCUGCAUCGUCAUCAUUGUAGGUCGGCCAUUGAUCUCUGCUCCUCAUCUCUAUCCAUCGGUCGGCUGUUGACCUCUACCUCUCUCAGUCUUUGAAAUCUCUGUUCUCUGAAUCACUGUUCUAAGAUUGUAAAACUAGCAAAAGCUAUUCCCCAGAUAUUGGUAUUGGCAUUUAUUGUCCUUUUGUGGUUUUGUGCAUCCACCAUAAACAUUAUGGCGGUCCGCACAAGCAUUCAGCUUUUAUCGUAUUCUCAGGAGCUUGUGGACGGACAGCCACUCUAUGUUUCUUCAAAUUGCCUUCCUGUUAAGGCUUUAAAAUAUGAACCGGCUGGCCAUGCCUUUCAUAAUGCUGCUCUUAAACUCUUUGGCUGUGAGGAAGAUGAUACUACUGAAGUUGAUGAUCAGAAAGUCGGUAAUGAUAAGGAGCAAGCGUAUAUGCCAUCAUCUGAUUCGUAUAGCAACAAAGGGAAAAAGAAAUCUGGUGCUGAUGGCAAGCAGCAAGAUCACUAUGCAUUGCUCGGGUUGAGCCAUUUAAGAUAUCUUGCCACUGAGGAUCAGAUAAGGAAAAGCUACCGUGAAGCUGCCUUGAGACAUCAUCCUGACAAACUCGCGAAUCUUCUUCUUGCAGAGGAGACUGAGGCUGCAAAACAAGCUAAGAAGGAUGAAAUUGAGAAUCACUUCAAGUCCAUCCAAGAAGCAUAUGAGAUUUUGAUCGAUCCUAUAAAGAGAAGAAUCUACGACUCCACUGAUGAGUUUGAUGAUGAAAUUCCUACCGAAUGUGCCCCACAAGACUUCUUCAAGGUGUUUGGUCCAGCUUUCAUGAGGAAUGGGCGAUGGUCGGUGACCCAGCCUAUCCCAUCUUUAGGAGAUGACAGUACUUCACUAAAAGAUGUGGACAAUUUCUAUAAUUUUUGGUAUAGUUUCAAAAGCUGGAGGGAAUUCCCACAUGCGGAUGAGUAUGACCUCGAACAAGCCGAGUCUCGCGACCAUAGAAGGUGGAUGGAGAGGCAGAAUGCAAAACUAUCCGAGAAGGCUAGGAAGGAGGAAUAUGUUCGGAUUCGUGCACUUGUUGAUAAUGCAUAUAGAAGAGACCCAAGAAUACUUAGGAGGAAGGAAGAGGAGAAAGCUGAGAAACAGAGGAAAAAAGAAGCUAAGGUUCGUGCAAAGCAGUUGCAGGAGGAAGAAGCUGCUAGGGCUGCUGAAGAGGAGAGACGCCGGAAAGAGGAGGAGGAGAAAAGAGCUGCCGAAGCUGCUUUACAGCAUAAGAAAAAUAAGGAGAAAGAGAAGAAGCUCCUCCGGAAAGAGCGAACUCGACUUCGAGCACUUUCUGCACCUGUUUUAUCACAACAUUUACUUGAUCUUUCCGAGGAGGAUGUAGAAAGUUUAUGUAUGACCCUUGGCUUUGAGCAGCUUAGAAGUUUAUGUGAUAAGAUGGAUAACAAAGAAGCAUUAGAGCGGGCUAAACUAAUCCAAGAUGCCCGUGGAUACAAUAGCAACACAGAAGAGAAAAUAGUAGAUGAUGCGAACGGCUCACAUCUGAAUGGUUCUGUGGAUUCAAAUGGAAGUAUCCUUUCGAGCAGCAGCUCUGAGAAGAAGGAGAAACCUUGGACCAAGGAAGAGAUUGAGCUUUUGAGAAAAGGAACCCAGAAAUAUCCAAAAGGGACAUCUCGUAGGUGGGAGGUUAUUUCAGAGUACAUUGGUACGGGUCGGUCUGUGGAAGAGAUUCUGAAAGCUACCAAAACAGUACUUCUCCAGAAGCCUGAUGCUACCAAAGCAUUUGACUCUUUUCUCGAGAAGAGGAAACCAGCGGCAACUAUUGCAUCUCCACUUUCCACUAGGGAGGAAGUAGAAGGGGUUUCUAUGCCUUCAAGGACUGAAAACACAACUGUGAAGACAAGCAGCGCUGAAGACUCUGGUAAAGCUGCAAGUAAUCCUGUCGAUGUGGUUUCUGGCAAUGGUGUUUCAUCGAGUUCAGAACAAGGUGUAUGGUCUGCUGUACAAGAAAGAGCACUGAUUCAGGCUCUGAAGACAUUCCCAAAGGAAACCAGUCAGCGUUGGGAACGAGUAGCCACUGCUGUUCCCGGGAAGACUUUAAACCAAUGCAAGAAAAAAUUUGCAUUACUGAAGGAAAACUUUAGAAGCAAGAAAAGCACAGCUUAGUCACUUGAUUAAAUACCCCGACGGGGCCGAGAAGUGAUAUAUCUUCAAGAGGGAAUCGUCUUAACACAUCUCGGAACCUGCGUGAGCUACAACAUGUGUAACGAAACCAACCUCUCUUCUUAGUUCCUACAUUCUGACUUCUGCUAUGCCAUAGAGGUUUCCAUAACAAAUGUUUUCUACAGCAGUUAGCUUUAUAUAUUGAUAUAAAAUAUUCUACUUCUCAUUGAUUUUUUAUGGAGCAGUAUUUGCAUAGGUACCAAUAACAAUGGCUAUUUUUGUUUUAAUUAAUGCUAUAUGGUUUCAAUCAUUGUUUGAUA